GACUCAUAGGCACGGAGCGUCCUACGUGAGGCCGCAGUCGGGCGCAAACCCCGAAACAAUCUUACAUCUCGCGAGUUUCCUUCAUCAUCACAUCUAUCGCAGCCUCUGCGCAGAAACUCACGGUAGUAGUAGCCAGGCACAACCCACCUCGAAAUAACGAGGGACGCGGAAGAGGGUGAACACACGGGUGCUCAUCGAGACACUAGAACUGUCAUCGCGAUCUUGGGUAUCGGUUCGUUCCAGAAUAUCCCGCGCAUUCGAUUGUUGUAGUGCGAACAAGCUGCAGAAUUUCUCAAGAGGCAAUCGAUCGAAAGACAGCAGGGAUCGCGGUCGAGGUCGUUACCGAGGUCGCAGUCGAGGCGAAGCGAGGACGAAAGUCAAGGUCGAGGGUCAGUCUGUCUACUUACGCGCUGCUCGAGAUUCUAAGUGAUAUUAGGAAAUCUCGGUAGCUCUUACGAUAAGAGAAAUUAUUUUCCGAGGGAAAACGAAAAUACGUUAGCGAAAGCAAUUUAUUCCAGUAAUAUCGAGAAUCAAGAAUGCGGGCCGCCAUUCAAUGUUGCGUUUUCUUCGCACUGCUAAUGAUAGCGUCGGCCGUGCCGGCAUCGCCAUCGAAGGGUGGUCGUCCCGAUGAUCCGGUUAAAGGAAAAAAAACCACGCCGAUCACACCUAUUAAGAAUGCUUCGGCGAUCACGGCCACGACGGCAGUCUCGAGACCGAUUACAGGCAACGCCACGCUACCGUACACUAUAAGGAACGCGACGUUACAUUCAUCGUCGCCUUCUUCGACAACGGCAACGGCGACAGCCACAUCCGCCACGACGAUGCUUAAACUGCCGACGAUUUCACCAGCGGCAAUCGCAACGACAUCGACAACGAUGACGACAAGCUCGUCGAUGUCGUCCACGGCGAGCCUCGCGACCAUCUCCGGUGACCCGCAGAAUCCAAGCUCGAGUCCCGCCUUCACCGAAACAUCGCCGAGAAUAAUCUCGCCUACUCAGCACACCGCGGCCACGGUGUUGUCGUUGAGAAAAUCAGCAGUCUCCGCUGUCGCCGAUGUCACGACUACCGUGCCUCUAACAUCGGCCAAGGAAACGCGAGAGUCAGCCGGCAAGAUUAGACCGCAAAUCAAGCUGACGACAAAUUACACGAGCGAGACAGGGGUACGACUACCGGAAGGAGCGAGCGCGGCGCUCGCAAAACCGACCAAGUAUCACUACUAUCCGCACAAUCAGCAUAUCUACCUAUUGCCGGAAUGCGCGGUCCAGCAAGUGUGCAACGCCGUUUACGUUAGAUUAAACUUUACGCAACCGCUGUGCGCCUGUCCCGGAAGAUACCGUGAUCCAUGCAGCGCGUCCUUGGACAGCGACGACUUGCACACGACCGAGCUGGUGACUGAUCCACGAACCAAGGCCUUGACCUUAGUAAAAACAUGCGAGCCGGUUGCCGAGAUGCGAGAGUGCAGAGCGUCGAGAGACUGGUCUCUAUUGGCGCUGCAGAAUGUGCGUACGGGAAAAUCCCAUUAUCUCGUGAUAUGCCGAUGUCCCGAUACAAACAUUCUCGAAGGACCUAUGAGUCACGAUCAACCGACUUAUGCUAGCGUUCCGGGCAUUCGAGUAUAUGGGAUGAUGUGCGUGCAGGGGAACAGAAGAGGACGACCAUUACGAUAUUCGCGCAGCAUUUCAAGUUACGUAGAGAACGAAGAGAAACCACGUUUCCCUUGGCAUAAAGUGCGACAGCUGUUGACAACACCGUCUCUGUGGGAAUAGCAAACGCCACGCAACGUUCUGCCCCAUAUUCUGCCAUCGACGAAUUUACACAGUUAAUUAAUAACGCUACUAUAUUUAUAAUUCUUCGAGCCAUUCCCCGCUCGAAUUUUACGUUCCCUUUCCUCUUAGUACUCUUACGCUUUUUUAACUCCCGAACGGGCGCACCGGGAUGCAAAAAAUAAUGUAACUCAUAAUAAUUAUUUAUUAAUUCCAUUCUAUAUAUUUUAUAAUUUCUCGUUAAUUAUUCCAAUAAUUUUAUUUUUGAGUUUUUGCGCAAUAGCGAUUAUGAGGAUGAGUAAAAUAUAAUAAAAAUUAAUUUUGUAAUUAAUUUAAUUAAAAACUUUGCAAAUACGCGUAUACUAGUGCGCCCGCGCAAGGAUUAGUAGAUACGAUAGGAUGAAAUCGCCUAUGUGAUUUGCAUUAUCAUUUUCACUUAAUUAUUCAUUGUAUUUAUUACUCAUGGUUUCUACGUUCAUAAUAUGAGAGAUUUGUAAUAUGAGAGCUGUGGCGAUUAAUUAUAUACGAUACACAACUCCGAUAAACUGAUUAACGAUACGAUAAAAAAGACGAAUGGCUUUGCUUCUUGUAACAAUGUGAAGAGCUGUUUAAUGGCGCAUUAUUUAAAAAAAAAAGAUAGGAAUAUAUGGUACCUGAGUUUCUGACAUAGACAACUUAUAUGCAUUCUGUCUCUUUUUCUUUUUCUCUUAUCAAGUAAGUAUUAACAACAAUAUGUCAAAUAUUAUGUCGCCUGUUUUUCUCAUUCAAAUUCGAUUCACUAUGACAAUAAUCCGCCUCUCAUAGAUAAGAAAAAAAUAUUAAUGGGCAUAUAUUUGUAUGACAACUGUGUGUUAGUCAUGCUCUGCAUGACAAAAGAAAAUCGAAAAAAUAUGUGCUCUUGAAUGAGAUUUUACAAAUACAGUAAAACUAUAUACGA